CACUUCACUUCACUUAAGUCACAUUUCUUUCUUUCUAUAAUUCUAAAAAAAAAAAACACUUCACACACAAGUUUUCAUCAUCAUGGCAAGACCUCAACAACGUUAUCGAGGUGUUAGACAAAGGCAUUGGGGUUCUUGGGUCUCCGAAAUUCGUCAUCCUUUACUGAAAACAAGAAUAUGGUUAGGAACAUUUGAAACAGCAGAAGAUGCAGCAAGAGCUUAUGAUGAAGCAGCAAGAUUAAUGUGUGGACCAAAAGCACGUACAAAUUUCCCAUACAAUCCAAAUGGACCACAAUCUUCUUCAUCUAAGCUUCUUUCACCAACUUUAACUGCAAAGUUAAAUAAAUGUCACAUGGCUUCUCUUUCUCUUCAAAUGUCCAAACAACCUCAAAAAGAGACACAACAACAUGUUUCAACACAAAGCUUCAGUUCUUGUUCUAUUAAUAGUAAUAAUAGCAGUUUUAUUUAUGGUAAUGAUGACAUUGGUGGUGGAACAAGUGGUGAAAGUGGUUUAAUUAGAUGGCUUGAUGAAGGGAAUAGUUUUGUUGGUUUUGAAAGUCAUCAUGUUGAAGUUUCUCAUCAGCAAUUUCAACCUGUUCUUGAAGAUGAUCAUAUUGAACAAAUGAUUCAAGAGUUGCUUGAUUCUGGUUGCUCAAUCGAGCUUUGUUCCGUUGGUUCAUCUUAGGUUAUGCGCUACAAAAAAUAUCGCAUUUAAGAUUUUCUUUAAUUCUGAUGAAUUACUAAGACUCAAAUUAUGUGCUAAAAAUAUCGAAUUUAAGGUUUUCUGAUAAUUCGUCUGAGACUGAAAAAAAAACUUAUGAAAAAAAAAUGUAGCAUUUCUCCAUGACACCUUUUUGAGAGAGUGUGUGGUAAUAGUUGUACUAAUUCACUAUGUAAUAAUAAAUGUAUAAGGUUGAUAAGUA